UUGUGGACGCAAAGUGAACCCAGGAACAAUAAGGAGGGGACGGGUUCAGGGGAAUCAAGUGGUUUGCGUGAUUCAAGCACCGCUUGUGAUACAAAGUCAGUCUCGCCACUGUGGGCACCACCGCGGUUCGAUCACGACCCUGAUGGUGCCUGCUACUGUAUAUUUGGAGUCUUUGUCUCUCUCAUCAUUAUCAGCGUGGCUAGGGAGCACAACACUAAAAGAAUGAGACUGAAAGAACACUACAAAACACCAAAAAAAGAUUAAAUACUCCCAAAUACAAUUGUAAGCAGUAGCAGAAAAUGCGUGCCAACAAAGGCACUCAAUUUAUUUUGAUGAUUUUGAAGUUCUGUGCAAAACAAUUUACUAUUGGCCAAGACUAAUUAGAGAAUCCAUCGAAUUUUAAAGACGUAAAAACUAUUUAACCGUUCAGAUAGCUACCGACUUGGUGCCGAUUCGAAGCGAAUCAUGAAAUAAUACAAUGUUUAAAUGCUUGUCAAUACAGACCACCAUACUUCAAUAGGGAUUACUCUUGGUAUGGCUAUUUUAGUCACCACAAGGGACAAGUAACUCGCAUGAUGCACAUGCAUAAUGUAUGUUGACUCAUUAAUCCUCCGCCCCCCUCCCCCCCCACUUUGCGCAAAUAGAGCACACAAGUGGUCACCUCAUCUACGCCUCUAUAUAAGGAACGUAACAGUCGAAAAAACCGAGAGCAGAUGCACCGCCAGGGAGGACACUCGCUGUCGCUGUAAAGACGGCUUCCAGAGGGCUGCCUCAACGGACCCCUGCACGGACGUGAAGAAAGAAGCAGACAUUGCUGGAGCUAUCGCCGGUGCUGUCAUUGGCGAUAUCGUGAUCGCCAUUUUACUUGUGUUGACCGUGGGCCUCCUUCUCUACAGAAUCCGCAAUGGACACUUUCCCUGGGACGUUGCUAGGGCCAUCAACGGUUCUGUCAACAUUGCAGUCGUGGUCAUCCUCCUUGUGGUCAUCAUGGGCUUGCUUGUCGACAGAAUCAUCCAAAAACGCUUCCCCUGGGACGUUGGUGGACCUAUCUUCGGUGCUGUCAUUGGUGCUGUCGUGCUCCUCAGUUUAAUUGUGGCGAUCAUGGGCAUUGUUCACUACAGAAUCCACCAUGGACACUUCCCCUGGGAGAGGCGUCGUGGUACAAGUCAGAACAUACCUUUGAAUACGGCUGAAGAGGGUGUGAUUAGCGCAGAGGAUUUCAUCAGUAAAAUGAUCACGUCAGAUCAAGAGAGCAAUUGGAAGGACGUCGAGAGAGAGUUGCCAGAGUUGCGAGAGUGGAUCGGAAAAACUCCCUCCCUUUUCCUGCACGAGUUGAAGAGGAGGAACGUGGUUACGGAAGAGGCGUACUGGAGGGCGUUUACAAUUCCCGAUGCUGCCAAGCGUGCGGACUCAAUCCUGUUGCCCGUCAUGAGACAAGGGGAAGGCGAAUGCCGAGAGCUGCUGGAGAUACUCGAACAACAGCGGAGCAGGGAACGGCAUUUUCUGGACAUGAUGAAUAAGAGCCAUAUGUGCUCGCCCACGCUGAACCCCAACUCGGCACAUCGACAGCUUCAAAUUUCUGCCGAUCUCAGCACAGUGACAUGUAACAAGGAAGAGCAGCCUUACUCUGAUCACGCAGAGAGGUUUAAGUGGUGGCCAAUAGUCCUCUGCUUCGAGACCUUCUCGUCGGGUGACCACUACUGGGAAGUGGACGUGAGAGCUUCUAAAAACUGUUCUAUAGGCGUUGCACGUGGGUCAAUUCAUAGGAAUUGUCAAGAAAAGUCUGGCAGGCUCGGCUGGGAUGAGCUGUCUUGGGCGUUCGUUCAAUGGGAUUCAAAUUAUUCUGCAAGACAUGGCGACCAAUGCAUUCCUUAUCCGGAGAUUCAGCAUUUACAGAGAGUCGGCAUUCGCUUGGACUUCAACGCAGGAAAGCUUUCGUUUUACAACGCCAUCACCAUGGAGCUCUUGCACUCAGUCGACGACAUUCCAAAUGAGCCACUUUUUCCGGCUUUCCAGGUGAACUCGGGCUCAGUCGCGAUUUACGAAGCUCAAUCAUUCAAGAACCUGACUGUGGAUGAGAACAGAGAAGACAUUCAGAUUUGUGAUCACUUUGCAAACAGUGGAGUUCAUCGCACAAAAAACACAAAUGCAGAGAAAGCUGACUGUGAAGUUACACUUCUCAGAACGAGGACGGAGAAACCUCCGGUGGUACAAGAUUUGAUCGGUAGGAUCCCUGCAAUGCUACAUCACGAGUUGCUCGUCCAGGGUCUCAUCACGCAAUCCGAGCUCUCAGAAGUCUAUUCGAUGCCCUGUGCGUCAGAACGAGCUGACUUCAUCAUAAACUGCCUCGAUCGCAAACAGGAAGAGAGCCCGCAACUCCAAGAGAUUUUGAGUGAACAUCGUGAAAAGCAAGAGUCAUUCCUGAAAAUGAGGAGCGAGUCGAGCACUUGCUCGCCGACUCUGAACCCAAACACGGCACAUCGGAACCUCAAGAUAUCUGCCGACUUUAAAACCGUCAGGACCUCCACACACACCCAACCUUACCCUGACAACUUAGGCAGGUUCGACCACUACCGAGUGGUCAUUUGCUCAGAGAAAUUUUCGUCGGGUCGCCACUACUGGGAGGUGAACGUGAGAGGUUCUGAUAAAUUCAACAUCGGUGUCACCUAUGACGUGAUACCGCGGAAAGGUGAUGACAAAGCCUGUAAAAUUGGGUGCAAUGAAGUUUCCUGGAGCCUUAAGAAAAGGGACAACGCCUACACGGCGCUACAUAACGAGACGGAAACAAACCUGUCAGUGCGAGAUGCUCCCCAAAGAGUCGGGGUUCACCUGGACUGGGAGGCGGGCGUCCUGUCAUUCUACAGCGCCGACUCCAUGUCGCUGCUGCAUCGAUUUCACGGAAAAUUUGAUCGAGAGCUGUACCCUGCAAUGGCCGUGCUGCGUAAAAGUCUCUCAAUAUGCCCCUUGCCGUACACAGACGCUCAUCGUUAGAGAUGAGAGGUUCCUAUCAGAGCGGUCGCCCAUGCGACCCCUCUAUGUAUGUAGAGUAAUUCGCUGGCCAACCGCGAGGGUUCAGGUUCCUGAAAAACCCUCGUGGUUGGUAAAGUUACAGGGGGCCUAUGGGUAGUAGGGGGGUAGGGGAACCACGGCCGUGGUAAUAUUCCUCAUAGCUUAACUAAGGUGCCUGUUAAUUAACUAAACUAUGUUGAUUUGAAGGUUUCGUGACUGCAGGAAUCCAUACUAUUUGGUUCUUUCGGUAAAGUCACGUAGGUAGAAAAUUAGAGAUUACGACGUUUCGAUCGCAACACAAGCAAUCGUCAUCAGGUGAGACGGAUACAGCAAAACUGCUUCGACGUUUCGAUCGCUUGUGUUGUGAUCGAAACGUCGUAAUCUAUUAUUUUCUAACUAAACUACAGUGUUCCAUUAUGAAUAAAAUAUAAAUAAACAUAGCAUUAACUUUACUUACCUUUAACAUUAAAGAUUAUUAGAAUUAAAAAGUAUUAACGAUUAUGAUGACGAUGACAAUGAGAUGAUGGGGAAGGGCUGGUUAGAAUGAGGAGGGGCUCAGCCCAGCCAUUCUCUCUUCCUCCAGACCACAGAAGCAACUCACUCUCACCACUCGCUGCAUGCUUGGGUCCAUGAUUAAGGGCAAAAUUAUUGUGCACCAUGAAGUACUGUACAACAAAACAGACGGCCAGCUGAUCAGUUGAGCAGAUUUGUAUUACAUUUCGUAGUUCGCAGAGCUUACAAAACAACGGUAUUGAAGUAAGUUUUUUACAUAUUUUUUUUAUAUUAAUCUGCUCAUGUAGUAUAUCAUACUGCGAUGUUAAGCCACUAUGUAUAAUGUAGUUUUUAUGCGUUUGUAACCCGCGCGCACUGCCUCGGUUCUUCCUGACCGUGAUCGUCCUCUUGGGCACAGUGGGGGUGUUCAACAAUAAUUAACAAAAUAACAACCGAUAGAGGAACUCACCCCAGGCCAAUGGGCAGCCGAUUAGACUUUAAAAAGUAGGACAGGGGCCUCCGGUUUACGAAAAUAUUGCUCGUCGAUGAUGGGUCCGGGAGGUGGAGGGGUUUGAUCCGAUCGUAAGGAAAAGAUUUGAACUGAAAAGAAAAAUCGGGAAACGGAGUUGAGCCGGGAGGCGACGGAAAGUUUUUUAAAGGUGGCUCCGAGCAUGAAAUGGGGUAGAGCACGUGGGGGACGCUUGAGGGAAGGGGUAAGCCAUGGAGUGAAAAACCUUGUCCGGGCCGAGUGCAGGUCGCUAUUAUUGCCAGUGUCCAAUCUGAUAUUGAACUUCAUUCAGUGAUUCCCCACCCCACAUUUGGUUGGCAGGAAGCACCCAGGGACAUCUGCAGACUGUCAGAAGCCUCUCGGCUCCAGGGAGAAGGGGGGAGGGGGUUCGUACCAGACCAGUAACCAGAAAACUCUGGAAUGGGUUUCGUGCGGCAUGACAUCGCUCGGCAGAGCUGGGCACAAAUCUGGCGAGCCCCAAAUUAUGGUCCAGGAGCUCCCUCACUUGAGCUCGCCCAGUUGCAAACGACUGAACUUGAGAGACACUCACCGCAGGCCAAUGUGCAGCAGAGUGGACUUUCAAAAAGUAGGCCAGGGACCUCUGGUUGGCGAAGAUAGGACUCAUCAAUGAUGGGUCUGGGAGGCGGAGGGGGGUUGAACCGACCGCAAGGAAAAGAUUUGAACCAAAAAUAAAAUUCUGUAAAAGGAGUUGAUGCCUGGAGGCGAUGGAAAGUUAUUUAAAGGGGGCUCCGAUGAGCAUGAAAGGGGGUAGAGCACGAGGAGUGUAGAGGGUGGACGCUCGAGGGAAGGGUCGACUAUACGGAGUGAAGAACCAAGUGCUGGGCCGAGUGCAGGUCGCUCUGUGUCUUCAAUAAAGAGGCUCCGAGUU